AUUAUGUGUGUACACUGCAAAUAAUGUAAAUGUGUGAACACUGUUACGUCUGUUUGGAAACACGUGGGAAAAACAACGCGCUUGAGAGUUUCUGUGAAAAUUAAAAGUUUUCAAUUAAAUCAAGGCAUAUUUACGCCCUAAAUAUGUCGAAUCUGUACGUGUUGUAUGAACAUGCGGCGGGCUUUGCACUGUUCUCCGUGAAGGAGUUCGAGGAGGUUUCCAUGUUUCUGCCCCAAGUGGAAUCUUCAGUUACGGACAUUGGGAAAUUCAAUUCAAUUGUGAAGCUUGCCGGAUUUGCGCCGUUUAAAACCGCAAUUGCGGCUCUGGAGAAUAUCAAUGCCAUUUCGGAGGGAAUUGUGCCCCAAGAUUUGCUGCAUUUCCUAGAUGAUUUCUUUGCCAAGCUGAAGAAGAAGAAGUGCACGUUGGGCAUUGCUGAUGCCAAAUUGGGAGCUGCCAUCACCGAAUCCGUCGGAGUUCAGUGCAGUCAUUUCGGAGUUGUACCGGAGAUUCUACGUGGUGUUCGCUUCCACUUUGCCAAGUUGGUCAAGGGUUUCACGGACAAGUCCGCCGGAGUGGCACAGUUGGGUCUGGGUCACAGUUACUCGCGUGCCAAGGUCAAGUUCAACGUGCAUCGUUCGGACAACAUGAUCAUACAAUCGAUAGCUUUACUCGAUCAGCUGGACAAGGAUGUCAAUACGUUCUCGAUGCGCAUACGUGAAUGGUACUCGUAUCACUUCCCGGAAUUGGUCAAAAUUGUACCCGACAACUAUAUGUUUGCCAAGGCGGCCAAGUUUAUUAAGGAUCGCAAGGAUUUAACCCAGGACAAGCUCGAGGAGUUGGAGCAAAUUGUCAUGGACUCGGCCAAGGCGCAGGCUAUUAUAGAUGCGGGCAAAAUGUCCAUGGGCAUGGACAUCUCCAUUGUGGAUCUGAUGAAUAUUGAACUGUUUGCGGAGCGUGUUGUCAAGUUGUCCGAAUACCGCAAGAAGCUCUCCACCUAUUUGCACAAUAAAAUGGAGAUGGUCGCACCGAAUCUUCAGUCACUGAUUGGCGAUCAGGUUGGCGCCCGGCUAAUCUCGCAUGCCGGCAGUCUGACCAAUUUGGCCAAGUAUCCAGCAUCGACAGUACAAAUUUUGGGUGCCGAGAAGGCGCUAUUCCGUGCACUGAAAACACGCUCCAAUACACCCAAGUAUGGUUUGAUUUAUCACUCCUCGUUCAUUGGCAGAGCGGGUCUGAAGAAUAAGGGACGCAUUUCACGUUUUCUGGCCAACAAAUGUUCGAUUGCCUCGCGCAUUGAUUGCUUCCUAGAACAGCCGACAAGUGUGUUUGGUGAGACACUGAAGCAACAGGUCGAGGAUCGCCUCAAGUUCUACGAAUCUGGCGAUGUGCCGCGCAAGAAUAUUGAGGUCAUGAAGGAGGCCAUUGAAGCAGCUGGCCAAGAAGCCGCAACCAACAACAAUGUGCCCCAAUCGGAAAAGAAAAAGAAAAAACGCCAAUCAACAAAUGGCACUAGCAAUGGAAAUGGAGCAGUUGUAGCCGAGGAUAAUGAGAAUCCUGAGGCUGAGGAGGAGCCAAAAAAGAAGAAAAAGAAGAAGAACAAGAAUAAAAUUGCUGUGGAGGCGUAGUUGCAUAUACAGAUAGAUAGAUAUACUGUAUAUCUGUGCCUCUUUUCCACAUUUACUGCAUAGUUCUAAGUUCAAAUUUGAUUUUUACUGUAUUGUAUGGUACUCCCAACUAAAUAAACUUAAUAAACCUCAUUCGAA